UGUUUCAACUCGGGCAUUUUGGCUAAAGGCGCCAUACAACGUGACAACAGUACAUUCUAUUGUCUCAUCAAAGCGAGUUGUCAAGCAUUAAUUGAUUUGGCGAAAACUUGGAAAGGCUACGAAGCAAUAGUCAGCAAAUUAGAGAAUCAUAUGCUAAACUUACGCCACAAACUUAGUGAAAUGCAAAAGCCACAAGAGGGUGAUUUUGAGGUGCUAAAUCAUGGUGAUAUGUGGGUCAACAAUAUGAUGUUUAAAUAUGAUGAACAAAAUUCAACACAGCCCCAAGAUGUGGUAUUUGUGGACUUUCAAAUGAGUAUCUGGGGUAGUCCGGGAAUUGAUUUGAAUUACUUCUUCUACACCAGUCUACCGGUGCAGUUGUUAAAAGAGAAGCGUGAACAUUUCAUCGAAAUUUACUAUGAUGAAUUACAAAAAUCCCUUAAGUUAUUGAAUUAUGAGAAGGUGCCUUCGUUUCAACAAAUAUGCGACGAGGUAAGACAGCGAGCAUUGUUUGGUUUCUUCGCGAAUCAUGCCAUUUAUCCCAUAAUCAGUAUUGAUAAGGAUAUAGCCGCAGACAGUACGUUUGAAAAUUUCGCUGAUCGUGAAUUUGCCAAAAAGAAAUUUAAACAAAUUUUGGAUCAACAAAAACUUAAGGACAUGUACGCUUACACGCUGCAACAUUUCAAUGAGAUGAAAGUGUUUGAUUAACACUUGAAUUUUUGUGCCUGGAACAUUCGUUUUGUUGGCUGGCGACAAAUGCAUUCAUUCAUUCAAUCGUUCGUUCAAUUAAAGUUAAAGUGUAUUUUUAAAUGGUGUUGGUUGCAAAAAUA